GUUUGAAAGUGCAGUUUUGAUCAGUUGAGCAACAAGUGGAAAUGCCUGAUAUCCCUGGCCCUUCCACCCAUUAGAGUAUUAACCCGAGCUCUGAACCCAAGGCCAACAAAAGUUUCAGUUCUCACUUCCAAAUUCAACAGCAAUCCAAAUCAUAGUCAACUUUGCGAGCGGGUCACUUUUUUCGGUGAACAUUCUGAAACGAUGGCUCCCAUCAUCUUCGACGAUGGUGCUCCGGUCCAAAACAUCCCAGCCGCCCGCUAUCGCAAAGCUGAGACCAGCAGGCUCCGGAUGACCGGAGACAUGGUCUGGGACGGUCGUAAUUUGAACUCCUCCCAGUAUACCUACCAGCUUACAGAGGCUGAAAUCGCCGAAAUCGAACGAGCGCUGGACAUCUUCAAAGGAUAUGGCCUCGACGGACCCGACAUUAGCCCGACCAACUUUCCACUUCCAUCGCUGGGAAAGAAAUUGAAUGACUUCGCCCAUGUUGUUCACGCGGGAACGGGAUUCGUCGUCCUCGCCGGCCUCGACCCACGGAAGUAUACCGUGGAGGACAAUGCGUUGCUCUUUCUCGGAGUGUCCUCCUACAUCGGCGAGGAGCGCGGCAUGCAAGACAAUGCGGGCAGCAUGAUGGUACAUGUUCAAGAUCUUCGAAAGAAUUCCCGCCAGGGGGCCUCGCUCAAGUCUUCGAACAAAGCAACGGCUUUCCAUGCGGAGUUCUACUGUGAUAUCCUGGCGUUCUACGUGCAGGAAGAACCGGCAGAGGGUGGAAUGAUGAAGCUAGCUUCGUCGUGGCAGGUUUACAACAACCUCUGCCAGGCCCAGCCCGAAGUUGUGGAGAAGCUCAUGCUUCCGGACUGGAAGUUCGAAAGUCGUGGGGAGCUGUUCCCCGCGUGCACCAGGCCCCUCCUCUUCCUGGAAGAUAGAAAGGCUAUCCUGAAUUACAGCCGCCGCCCUCUCCUCGGAGCACACACCCGGAAGACUGGCGACAUGAUGGGAAAUUUGACACCGGAUCAAGCCCUCGCACUCAUGGCGGUGCAGGAUGUCGCUACUCAGGCUUGUGUUUGCGUCCCACCAACGAGGGGUAACAUGAUGUUCAUCAACAACCUCGGUCUGCUCCACGCCAGAGAGAAGUUCCGUGAUGACUCCGAACAUGCGCGGCACAUCGCCAGACUCUGGCUUCGAAACCCAGAGCUCGCCUGCAACCUGCCACUGCAGCUCGAAAGGGGACACCAGACAAUUUACGGGGAGAACGGCCUGCGAGAACGGUGGAAUCUGGUCCCACCGACCGUUGGUGAGAUCGGUAACUGGGGCGAUGAAGGCUAUGAGUCCCCGUCGGGCGGGCAGGGGUCGUCGAGUAAGACUUCCCAUUGAUGACUGUCUCUCUCUCUUCGCCUCUCCUGGUCUUCGUCUGUAGUGAAUGAAUGAACGAUGUAAUUUAGUCUUGAUGACCUGUCCAUUGACUGUCGAGGCUCGCUUGUUUAAUCUUUUCUCCCCUCGAUCUGCGGCUUUGUAUCUCGAGUUUUGUCUUUUAUGUUUGCCAGACGAGCUUUUGAACGCUUGGUAGCAAAGUAUUUGAAUAUAUUUCGGAUGCAAUUUGCGUCCAACUCAAA